AUGAGGGCAAGGAUUGAUGCUCUAAGAGGUGAUCCUGUCUUUGGAGAUACAUCUGGAAAUGCACACGGAAAUAAUGGUAACGGAAAUGGAAACGGAAAUCAAAUGGACUUUAUGAGAAUGAUGAUGGAACUGAUGCAAGGAAACCGGCAAAGGACCAAAACAGAGCCAGAAGAGUGCUCGAAUAUGUUCAAAAGGUUCUCUGCUCACAGGCCACCAAGCUAUGAUGGAAAGCCGGAUCCUACUGAAUUUGAAGAAUGGAUAAACAGCAUGGAAAAGCUCUUUGAUGCCACCCAAUGCCCGGACAAGUGGAAAGUAAAUUUUGCAGUGUUUUACCUAAAAGGGCAAGCUGACCUUUGGUGGAAGACCGCCAAGGAGAUGCAAAAUCAACCUGGGUUUGGAUGGGAUGGUCUGAAGGAGGCUAUGAGGAAUCAGUUCUACCCUCAAUCACUACAGCUUCAGAUGGAAUCUGAAUUCAUUCAUUUGAGGCAAAGGAACAUGACUGUACUGGAAUAUGCUGUGAAAUUCAAUGAGUUAGCUCGAUUUGCUCCUGACCUUGUGACUACAGAUCGACAAAGGAUGAACCGCUUUGAAGGAGGUCUGAGUUUGGAUCUCCAAGAAAGGCUUGCUGCACAUAUGAGUAAGUCUUACCAAGAAUUAUAUGAUCGGGCUAUAAAUGUUGAAAGAAAAGUGAAGCUAAGGAAGGACGUUUAUGAGAGUGGGAAAAGAAAAGGAAAAGCUCAAGAAGUUUCAUCACACAAUGUUUUCAAGAAGCAGAACACAGGGUUCUCAGGAAACAAUAAUGGUCAAAAGAUAGUUGCUCAAUGCACCAGGUGCAACAAAUGGGGCCAUGUAGCCAGAGAUUGUCGAAAAGGAACUGAUCAGUGCUACUGGUGUGGUAAGAUGGGCCAUAUGAUUAAGAACUGCCCGACUCUUAACUUGAAGAACGAAAACACUAAUAACCAUGGGCCAGUGCAAAGGAACAAUUCUCAGAACUAUGGUUAUGGUAGGAAUGCAAGUAAUAAUGCCAACAGCAACCCUCCUCGUGGACCUCCACCAGCCGGACGAGUGUUCAUGAUGCAGAAAGAAGAAGCUGAGGCUGAUGACACCGUUAUUACUGGUACUUUUCCUGUCAACUCAAUGCCUGCUUAUGUUCUUUUCGAUUCCGGAGCUUCUCAUUCAUUUGUGUCUACCACAUUUGCUAAAAGUCUAAAGGAACCUAUAAAUUUCUUGUGA